AUGGAGAGCAUACCGUCCCCUCCAUUACCACCUCCACCUCCACCACCACCACUCCCUCCUCCCCCGAGCUUUCCUCGAUCUUCGAGGCCUGUAGCAGUGGUAGCUCCUCCACCAACCCCGUCACCGGGACCUACAAUAUCAGAAGAGACUUAUGCAACAGCAACGGAUGUUGACUUGAGAAAAAAGACCGAUCCAUUCCGACCAUGCUACAUGUUUUUCUAUGGAUCCUUGAUGGACGCUGAAGUCCUCCAAUCUGUGCUUGAUCUCCCCGAAACCCCAUCCGUGACGCAAGGGGAAAUCAAGGGAUUCUCCAUGAAGAUGUGGGGAAUUUACCCCACCAUCAUCAGGACUCCAGAAGGAACGAUAUCUGGCACGGUGUGGAAGGUUGACUCCGAACCUCAUUUCCAGCGCUUGGAGGAGUACGAAACCAGUGUUUAUACUUGGUGGCACUGUGAUGUUGUGCUUGAAGACGGUCGGGCGCUGAAGGAAUGUAGGACCUUCUGUUGGGCCGGAGAUGUGAAUAGCAAGGAGCUGGAGGAGGGAACAUUUGAUUUGUCACGGUAUCAGAAGUACUUCAAAUCCUCUGUUGUCCGUAGAUGA